CACAAAAAAAAAAAAGUAGGCUACUUUAUCAAAGCGUUAAAGUCUCAUCCCUCAUCAAAGGUGCCCCCUCUUGCUGGGUGGAGCUUUACGCAAUCCCAUUAUACCCUCAAUGCUCCUCCUUGAUCCAUCCAACAAAUAUCUAAAUAGUUUUUUCUGCACUUCUCAUAACAUCCUUUGAACAACCACAACAAAACCCAUUUCAAACGUUCUUGCAUUCCCUUUAUUUUCUCACCCUUUUUUUUCUAUGCUUCGAAGUUUCGAUUUUUUUCCACCCCUUCUGCAGAAUAUUAUCAAUAGCCCGGAAACAUAUAUAUAGAAAAUUAAAAGAAAAAGAAAAGCUUUUCUGGGUUAUUCUGGUAAUUUUCUCCAUUUUCCAUGGGUAACAUAGGAAGUAGUGGUCGGAGAAACAGUGGCAGCGCGAGGGGCAGGCGGAUUCAUCCUCCUCCUCCACCGGUGAUUCCGCCGCCGCCGCCGGAAAUCACUGCCAGCCGAUUCGUGUACCCCGCCGUGGCGGCUACGCCGUAUCACAACUAUCCCGGUUACUAUCCCCCGCCGCCGACAACUUUGCCGGCACCGUACGACCACCAUCACCGUCCGGUGAUAGACCCAAUGGCGGGGCGUUACCCGCCACUGCCGCCGCGACCUGCGCCCUAUGUUGAGCAUCAGAAGGUGGCUACUAUGAAGAACGAUGUCAACAUCAAGAAGGAGACUCUGAGGAUUGAACCUGAUGAGGAAAAUCCUGGAAGUUUCCUUGUGUCUUUCACGUUUGAUGCCACCGCUUCUGGGAGCAUCACCAUACUUUUCUUUGCAAAAGAAGGUGAAGGUUGCAUUAUUACUCCAAUGAAGGAAAAUGUUCUUGCGCCCGUGACAGUAAAUUUCCAGCAAGGUCUUGGCCAGAAGUUUAGGCAGCCAGCUGGAACUGGUAUUGAUUUUUCAAAAUUUGAGGAGUCUGAGUUACUGCAAGUGGGUGACAUGGAUGUCUAUCCUGUAGUAGUUAAGGCAGAUGCAUCCUCUGGCGAUCAUGAAGGAUCAAAUGCAACUCCAACAUCUGGUAACACAAAUUCUCAUAUAACUCAAGCAGUGUUUGAGAAGGAGAAAGGAGAACUCCAGGUGAAGGUUGUUAAGCAGAUCUUGUGGGUGAAUGAAAUGAGGUAUGAGCUGCAGGAGAUAUAUGGUAUUGGAAAUUCAGUAGAGAGUGACUUGGAUGGGAAUGACCCAGGAAAAGAGUGCGUUAUUUGCUUGUCAGAACCUAGGGACACCACGGUCCUUCCCUGCCGCCACAUGUGCAUGUGUAGCGGAUGUGCAAAGGUUUUGAGGCUCCAGACAAAUAGAUGUCCAAUCUGCAGACAACCAGUUGAGAGGCUUUUGGAGAUGAAAGUUGGGCCUGAGCCUGAGGCCGAGCGCAAGCCCGAGCCUGAGGAGUGAAGAUCAAGUGUCAAUGACACAAGCUUCCUGUACAGUCCAACUGUUAUAGUUAAAUACUUAUCCCUUACUUUCUCAGGUUUUUCCAAUAAUAAAAAAAAAAAGUAGAAAGUGGAAUUUAUGUAUGAAAUGCUGUUUGACAUGGACAAUAGGCUGGCAUUGCACCCAACUUGUAUAAGCAAAUGCCUCCUCCAUGCUUGUUUGGUUGUACUUCUAAUUUCUAAAUGGCUUUCCUUCUGAACAUCAUUUACUUGU